AUGGGCGUUUGCUUCAGCAAGAAGGGGGAUGCUACCUCGCCUACUAAAGUUCCGUCCAACGAUUUACCCAAAGAGAACAGUUCGGAGAAGGAAGAGAAGGAGCCGAGGGUAACUGAGAAGAAACCGGUUGUCUCAGUGACCGCUCCUGCCUUGAGUGCAAAGCAGGCUUCAUUUGUUGCUGAAGAUAAAGAGAAGAAGAAAUGCGAGAUCCCUGUGAAGAAAAGCUCCCAGCUUGAGGAGGAACCUGCUUGUAAAUCUGCAGCUACCGCUGAUGAGAAGCCGUCGGCGCCAUUGAGCACUUCGAGCUGCACCAAAGAGGAGCUCGAUGCCAUCCUCAUUCAAUGCGGCCGUCUUAGCCGCAGCUCCUCUGGUAAGAUUUCCAAAGAGACGGACGGUGCUGGGCAGAGGAGGUACUCCGGCUCAAAGAGAAGCUAUGACUUCGAUGAAGAGAGGAGGAAGGAGGUAGAAGAUGAGCGAGAUAAUCAUGUGUCAAGGCCUUCCCCUCGCAGGCGAGCUCCAAACCGAGAGAGGUCAGGGAGUAGAGAGAGGGGCAAUAGCAGAGAAAGAAGAGUGAGCAGAUCUCCUGGAAAGAGAUCCGACGGCCCGGUUUCUGCCACCGCGAUUUCUGAUAAGCAGAAGCAGCAACCUGCCAAGAUGGUUUCGGUUCCUGCAAGGGAAAAGGGAACUCCGGCGAAUGCCGAGUCAGGGGGUGGGAAUUCGGGUGUUAAAAGAGCAUCCAUCGCCACAGCAGCUGGAGGAUUGAGGAGCUCAUCUCCAAGAUCCCGGUCACCGGCCAACACCACCAGGACAUCGAAUGAGAAUCCUCAACUUCAAUCCCUUAGUAGGAAUUCCUCAAGGAAGGCAGAUCAGUCUCCUUAUAGAAGAAAUCCUCUGGCUGAGAUCGAAGAUAACUCGUAUAGAAACCAGAAUGGAGGCUCCACCAGCGUGUUUCAGAAGAGCAGAGAAGUAGAUGAGGGGGUGAGAAAGCCAGUGAGCACAAUUUACUCUUGUCAGAAAGCCGGUGAAGGCAUUAGCACGAUCGCUGGUUCAGAUCAGAGAAAUAGCAGCCAUAUGAGUGUCGCCACCAAGCAGCAGCAGCAGCAGCUAAAGAAGCAGGAAAUAGCAGAGGAAGGCAAAGAUCCAAAGACAGCUGGAAACGAAAUAGAAAGCCACAAUCCAAGAACACUAACAAGAACCAGAUCAUCAAGAAGAUCAUCGCGUGAUCUUGACAACAACCCAGGAUUCAAUCAAACAUCUUAUGCUUCCUUGUUGCUUGAAGACAUCCAGCACCAACAGCAGCAGCAUCACACAGCCUUCUCCCUCCCAGCCUGCAUCUCCAAGGCCUGCUCCAUCCUCGAUGCCGUCGCAGAUCUCAAUUCCUCUUGCUCCGAUCGUAGGAGCUAUGAAGCAGACCAGUCUGGCAACAAUGGCGGGUUUGCAAGACGUGGAUUACUGGCUCGAAGGGAGCCAUUUGUGGAGUCAGAGCUGGUGGUGAAAGAUGAUCUACUGGAGCCAAGCCUGCACAAGUAUGUUACAGUGAGGGACAAUAGGUGGGAUUUGGAGCCCCAGGAGUCCGCUGGGAGCAAUAGCUUCGAAGGGAAACCAUGUUCAUCCAUGUGGGAGAUGAAUUCAAUUGAUUCAACCGGAGGAACGUCGAUGACUGGUAACAUAAAAGACGUGGAGGAUGAAGUUGGGCAACCAGAAAAUCAGCAGCAGCAAAAGUCAUGGCAGAGAUCAGGAGCUCCUUCCAGCAGAAAAAGUUUGACUGCGGCAACGCCGUUGAAAAAGAAGAGGGAGUUGGAGAACCGAUCAUUACAGCAAGGUGGCCAUGGAUAUGGAAAGAACGGUGGAAGGCCUUUCUCUCUUCCAGUUUCUGCUGCAUCCACUUGA